UCAAGCUCACAGUAUCGACUCGGGUUAAUUAAGUGAAAGGUGUGAUAAAUUAUAAUAAGAUAAGAAUUUCAUGAAUUAAAGUACCCCUCAAAUGUUUUAGUAUUUUCGUUUAAGUCAAGUUUAAUCGGAGUUUUUGUGUAUUUUGUGUUGUAUUUCGUGAAUCUUGGAAACGAGUAUGGAUAGAUUCACCUCUUUAUAGUUACCGGAUUACGUCCAGUGUCGAUCUCCUGGAGUCUGAUCCAAACGAAUCUAGCGACGACAUGCUUUCCUCAAGUUGCCAGUCUUCAAACUUGAAGAGAAAGAGGCUUUCAUCAGAACAUAAGUCUGAUGAAGACCAAGACAUAGAAAAUCUGCCAAAAAAUGAGGAGAAGAAGUACAAAGAUGACAGUCGUGUUGAAGCUAGUUGUUCCUUUGAGCGGGAAGGAGAACGCCGACAGCCGUUCUCCGAACUCAAGAUCGUAAAAGACUCAAACAUCGAAUCCCUCGUGUCAGACCAGGAGAGGCUGUCACUGUCAGACGUAGAGACAAAUUCUCCCCUCGGCUCCUGCGAUGUCGCCAGGUUGUCAGAUCUCAGUCCGUCAGCGUCUCCCUGCCCACUCACUCCCGGUACCUCCAGCGUCCAAGCCCUUAGUAACUACCAGUACGAGGACCUAAGGCUGGACAGGCUCAACCCCCUCCCCCCGAUGUCCUGGGCCGACCUGCCGACGCUGUGGCAACUCAUGUGCGACAAAGACGAAGAGAGCCUCAAGUUACGGGACUCGGAAUUGUUCGCACAACAUCCAAGUCUACAGUUCCGCAUGCGCUCCGUACUGUUAGACUGGAUUAUGGAGGUUUGUGAAGUGUACAAACUGCAUAGGGAAACGUAUCAUCUUACGCUGGACUACAUAGACCGAUAUCUCUCCUCUCAAACUGACAUUCCGAAACAACAACUUCAACUGAUAGGUAUCACAUGUCUUCAACUAGCCGCCAAAAAUGAAGAAAUUUACCCACCAAAAAUGGUAGAUUUUGCUUAUGUAACGGAUGGGGCAUGCAGUGAAGCGGAAAUUCUUGCCAAGGAAUUAGUAGUCUGCGAGGCGUUGGGCUGGCUGCUGAACCCCGUGACACCCCUUUACUGGCUGAAGGUGUUUCUGCAAAUCGCAUAUCAAAACCAGGCUCGCCACGACCUCGGAUUCUACUUUCCCCAAUUCUCCCCGACGCUGUACACGCGGGUGGCAACGCUGCUGGACUUUUGUACCUUGGACGUUGGAUCCCUCAGGUUUUCCUACAGUGUGUUGGCGGCCGCGGCGAUCUACCUCGCCUGUAGCACAGAGCUGGCCGUUCAAGUCUCAGGUUUGGCAGAGGAAGAUAUAAUGCCAUGUGUCGACUGGAUGUCCGUAUUCUGGAAAACGCUGAAGGAUGAGAACACGGAAUACUCCAAGAAGUAUUCUCGACUUCCCCCUGGGAUUACGAAGGCUGCGUUGGUGGACGACUCUUUCAACCUUCAGAAGCAUGACCCUGUCAAUCUUCCGUUGCUGGACUCAGCACUGGAAGAAGCUGCCAAGUCUUGCCUCCUGACUCCGCCGUCCAGCAGCAAGAAGAGCAGCGUACAGACUGACCGAACGUAAAGACUACAACACUGGCGUGAAACUUCGACAUCCAUACACUUCAAGCAAUAUAGCGACGUUGGCCAAAGAGUGUAUAUCAUAGCUAAUUAAUUUCCACCUCUUUUCCAACAAUUUUGUACUGAGCGGAUUCGUUACUUUUUUCAUCAACGUUUUUAGAAAAACUUUUAGGAAGACAUCGAUUUUAGUUACAAUUGUAUAUAGCGAUAGAUCAGCGGAAAUACAUCAGUGGGUAUGUGUCUGGUGUCGGACGGAUUACCAGUCGUGAUUUUUAACAUAAAAUACGCUUACUAUUUUACUAUUAGGAUGUUAAGUUAGCUCGAGAAAGACAAACCUCUGAAGAUUUGUGUAUUUGUCUGAAGUUUGUGAUUUCAAUUGCAUCGUGGUUCUGAAAAGCUUGGAUCAGCAAUAUUUAAAACAUCUUAGUGAUUUCCUAGUUGUAUUUGUCUUUUAUUGAGGUAAUUCGUACCCAUAGUAAUCUUGCGAGAUUUUGAUUUUGGGUAGCAUUUUGGAAAUGUUUACUUAUUAUUGGUUGUGUUUUGAUAUUUUUUUGUAAACAGUUCUGUUCCUGACAAAUCAUCCCGAAUGAUGCAUAAACAUUGGAAUUUUGAUAAAACCAAUUGUAUUUUAUCACGUUUUUUUAAAAAUAAUUUUUGAUUUUUAAAACUGUUUGCAACAGGAUUGGCUGUUUUUAGAACUCAAAUCUUAUGUUUGAACAUGUAAGAACUUUCUUUUGUUUAACUUACCAUUAGUCGUAGCCUUUUAGUAAAUAGGUUAAAGAGACUGUAAAGAUAAAUAAGAAUAUAUUUAGAGAGUGUUAUUAAAAGGUUUAUCUAAUGAAUAGAUUGUAAAAAUAUAUAACUUCGGUUUUAUUGUAAAAUACGAAACAAUAAAGUUUAUUGCGUUAA